GUUUACAAAAACUAAGGAUAAAAAUUCAGUGGAAGCUUCUGCCACUACCUGCUUCCGGAGAUGGGUUUACACGGUUGCCUCAACAUCACAACCUUACAAAGUUUCAAGCUCGGUGCAUUUCGCACUUACCCAUCUUCACACCAAAGAACCAAAGCUCCAUUCCUUUAUUCGCAGAAACCAUCAUUGCCACGACCCAUCAAAGCUCUCUCCACCUCCGCCGCCGCCGUUGAAACAUCCCCGUCAACAACUGAGACUUCCGACGAAAAGGGUGGGAAGCCUCAAUGGAAAGCAACAAUAGACUUCAAGUGGAUAAAGGAUAACAAGGAAGCUGUUGCUGCCAAUAUAAGGAACCGCAACUCUCAUGCUAAUUUGGACCUUGUGCUCCACCUGUAUGACAGCAUGUUUCACCUUCAGAAGGAAGUUGAGAGGGUUCGUGGAGAGAGAAAUGCAGUAGCUAAUAAAAUGAAAGGAAAAAUAGAACCAUCUGAGCGCCAGAGAUUAAUUGAAGAAGGGAAGAAAUUGAAAGAGGGGCUUAUUGCUUUGGAAGAAGACCUGGUGAAGCUUAAAGAUGAGCUUCAACAGGAAGCGCAGUCUAUACCAAAUAUUACUCAUCCUGAUGUUCCGAUAGGAGGGGAGGAUUGUUCCACUAUAAUAAAGAUGGUUGGCAGCGCUCCCAAAUUUAGCUUUCCUGUCAAAGAUCAUCUCCAACUGGGAAAGGAUCUUGAUCUCUUUGAUUUUGAUGCUGCUGCAGAGGUUAGUGGGUCAAAGUUCUACUACCUGAAAAAUGAAGCGGUUUUGUUAGAGAUGGCUCUUUUAAAUUGGACACUCUCAGAAGUGAUGAAAAGAGGCUUUACUCCUAUAACAACUCCUGAAAUUGUACGGUCCUCUGUUGUUGAAAAAUGUGGGUUCCAACCUCGUGCGGAUAAUACCCAGAUUUAUUCCAUCGAAGACAGUGACCAAUGCCUUAUUGGCACUGCAGAGAUUCCUGUUGGGGGCCUUCAUAUGGAUUCUAUUCUUGCUGACUCAUUGUUACCCUUAAAAUAUGUGGCAUUUUCUCAUUGUUUCCGUACCGAGGCAGGUGCUGCUGGCGCUGCAACAAGGGGUCUUUAUCGAGUUCACCAGUUCAGCAAGGUUGAAAUGUUUGUUUUUUGCCGUCCGGAAGAGAGUGAAUAUUAUCAUCAAGAGCUCAUUAAAAUUGAAGAAGACAUCUUCUCAUCCCUUGGGUUACAUUUUAAAAUUUUGGAUAUGGCUUCUGAAGAUUUAGGUGCACCCGCUUAUCGUAAAUCCGAUGUGGAGGCAUGGAUGCCAGGUUUAGAACGGUUUGGUGAGAUCUCAAGCGCAUCAAAUUGCACAGACUAUCAGAGCCGUCGGUUGGGAAUCCGGUAUCGUCCAUCAGAAGCACUUGCACCUGGUCCAAAAAAAUCUAAAGGCAACCUUGCUCCACCACAGUUUGUCCACACAUUAAAUGCAACAGCAUGUGCAGUACCGCGGAUGAUUAUAUGCUUACUUGAGAAUUACCAACAAGAAGAUGGGUCUGUUCUUAUCCCUGAGCCCUUGAGGCCUUUCAUGGGGGGCCUUAACAUUAUAGCUAGAAAAUCAUAAUAUAAUAUAUCAUCAUAACAUUUGUUUGCAUUUGAUGGAUGCUGUUGCGGCCUUAGAUUGUGGUAAUAGAUGAGUUGAAGCAAUUUCAUUUGAAUUAAAGUGGCAAAGAUUAAGUAGUUAUUUCUUCAAAUAAUAGGCUUUUCUUUUCAUUGUGUAAUAGCCACACGUAUAUAGAAAAUACUCAAAAUAGUGCAUUUUUACCUUUUUAUAAGUACUAAUUUUAAGUUAUAAAACUAAGGGUGUUUUUUUA